GUUUUCUUUAUUUGACAUGCAAUGUGAUCAUUAGAUGUAUAAGGCUGGCAUAAAACCAAAGACAGUCAGCAUCAAUCCUGUUAUCUAACUGAAGAAUAGUGAACAACAUGAAAAUGUCAAUAGAGUUGAUCCUUGCCUUUCUUAACAUGAUUUUUAGUGUUUUAGGAGACUGUAAUGCAGGUCAUGGAAAGACAACUUGUAUCACAGAAGACCUACUCCAGAUGUUGAUGAGAGUAAACAAGCUUGGUGUUCCAAUACAAGAAAGAAAAGAGAGAAUUGCUUUCCUAGCUUUCGUGAAGGGUAUUCCAACAACGUCCAACAAUGUGAUAAAAUUUGAAGAUGUAAAAACAAACAUUGGAAACCAUUACAACCCUACCCUGGAGUUUUCACAGCACCUAGACAUGGCCUUUACGUCUUGUCUUGUAUGAUUAUGGCAUAUCGUACUACACCAGUUAACUUUGAAUGGCGAAAGAAUGACGCUCUUUUUUUUUCUUAUGGUUAUGUUAACAACACAAAUAGUGGUUCACAUUCCCAGACACAGAUCUUUGAGCUAGCAAAAGGUGAUCGCAUUUACAUCAAGAGUCGAGCAUCAAGUCAAAAACUACAGGGUAAUCUGCACUCUUAUUUCAAUGGUUACGUUUUACAAUAAAGAAGAAAUGGCA